GCAGCGCCAUCAUUAUAUUCCUCUAUAAAUUUAGCCACACCCCAUUAUUAAAAACAGCCCAAACCAGAGCGACACAAUGGACGCUCACCACCAAAUCAAAGCUAAUCCCAAGCUUCGUAAAUCUAAAAGAGAGCCCGGAGGAUGGAAGAGCAUGCCCUACAUCCUCGGCAAUGAAACCUUUGAAAGGCUGGCUUCCAUGGGGCUUCUGGCUAACUUUAUGGUGUAUCUCAGAAAAGUGUAUCACAUGGAUCAGGUCUCUGCCACCAGCUUAAUGGGUCUAUGGACCGGCGUCACCAAUUUCCUGCCCCUUCUCGGCGCCUUUCUCUCCGACGCUUAUGCCGGCCGCUACUGGACUAUCGCCGUCGCUUCCUUCUUUUCUUUCCUCGGGAUGACUUCCAUGACUUUGACGGCGUGGCUGCCGCAGCUACAUCCGCCGACGUGCAGCGGAGCCAAUUGUGAAGGGCCGACGGCGUCCCAAUUGGGAUUCUUAGUGAUGAGUCUAUGUUUGGUGUCAAUUGGUAGCGCUGGGAUCAGGCCGUGUAGUAUUCCGUUCGGGGUGGACCAAUUUGACCCCACCACCGAUAAAGGAAGGAAGGGAAUAGCUAGUUUUUAUAAUUGGUACUAUGCCACUUUCUCGGUGGUUUUGGUGUUUACUUUGACCAUCGUUGUGUAUAUUCAAGACUCUGUUAGCUGGGUUUUGGGGUAUGGCAUACCCACAGUGCUUAUGUUUUGUUCCAUCGUUCUGUUCUUCAUGGGGACUCAUGUUUAUGUGUUCAUUAAGCCUGAAGGUAGCAUCUUUACUGGGUUAGCUCAAGUCGCUGUUGCUGCCUACAAGAAGCGUCACCUUGAGCUUCCUUCUUUAGAUGACCGGACGGCUUUCUAUGACCCUCCUUUGGAACCUGGCUCUGGCUCUGUUGUCCUCUCCAAGCUGCCUCUCACCAACCAGUUCAGUUUUCUGAACAAGGCAGCCAUAGUUGUGGAGAAGGAGCUAAACCCAGAUGGAACAAGGAUAAACAAGUGGAAUCUAAGCAGCAUACAGCAAGUGGAAGAAUUGAAAUGCUUGGUGAGAGUAGGACCCAUCUGGGUCACCGGAAUCCUGAGCCUAACUCCAAUUAUUCAGCAAGCCACUUUCUCAAUCUCCCAGGCUCUGCAAAUGGACCGUCACAUGGGACCCAACUUCCAAAUGCCACCCGCUUCAAUCAUCGUCAUAUCCUUCCUCACAAUCACGUUUUUCAUUCCCCUCUACGACCAAUUCCUCGUCCCCGCCUUCAGAAAAUUCACCCACCACCCAAACGGCAUAACAGAGCUCCAACGAAUGGCCGUCGGGAUAAUCUUCGCCGUUCUGUCCAUGAUCGUCGCCGGAAUAGUGGAGAAUGAGAGAAGAAACCGGGCGAAUGGACCCAACGGCGGUUCAAUAAUGUCGGUGUUUUGGCUGACCCCGCAAUUCUUCUUGAUGGGGCUUUGUGAGGCGUUCAAUAUAAUUGGGCAGAUCGAGUUUUUCAAUAAGGAAUUUCCAGAGCAUAUGAGGACUAUGGGUAACGCUUUCUCCUCCUGCUCCAUUGCCUUGUCGAGCUAUGUCAACACUGCCAUGGUCCUGAUUGUGCAUCGAACCACCGGCAGCGGCGGCGCUCAUGGGAAACCCGAUUGGUUGGCCAAUGACCUGAACAAAGGCAGGCUGGAUUACUUUUACUACGUUGUUGCAGCAACCGCCUUUUUUAACUUUUUCUUUUUUAUUUACUGCGCCAAGAAUUACCAUUACAAGGGUAAAGUAUCCGACUCUCAACAGGAUUUGGAACUUGUAAUAGCCUCCGACAAAAAGCUGGAUGUCUGAAUUUCGUACUUAAUAAUUAAUUCGUUACCCCACUUA